UUAGUAUUUAUCUCUCAGGAACCUUAAAGAUCCAAAUAAUUAUUACAAAUUAUGUACUUAAUUUGGGAUUAUAUAGAGAAGCACUAGAAGUCUCUACAAAAAGAAAAAAAAUAAUUUAUCUCUCAGGAGACGUACCAACCAAAGUUUUAGUUUUUUUUCAGUUUCAGUGAAAUGGCGUCAAUUUCAUCCUUUGGCUACCUCCCUCAAUCCACACCGCUCACCACCACCAGAUGCCGGACGACUGUGGCUGCACGAUUAGCCGACCAAUCAGAUGAAUUCUCUCCUCUUCGCUCUACCAGUGGGAGUUGUGGGUGUACUCAUACCACUGGAGAGUUUGAUCGCAGAAAAGUGUUGGUUUCUUCUGUUAGUUUGUUGAUUGGAGCCUUUGUAUACGAUGUUAAAGAUGGAGACUUUGCAGCAGCUUCCCAAUUCGCUGACAUGCCAGCGCUUAAAGGAAAAGAUUAUGGCAAAACGAAAAUGAAGUAUCCUGAUUAUACAGAAACACAAUCUGGUCUUCAGUAUAAGGAUUUGCGAGUAGGAGCUGGGCCUACAGCGAAGAAGGGUGACAAAGUUGUGGUUGACUGGGCUGGUUACACAAUAGGUUACUAUGGCCGCAUCUUUGAAGCUCGCAAUAAAACAAAAGGGGGUUCUUUUGAGGGAGACGAUAAGGAAUUUUUCAAAUUUACCUUGGGAUCGAAUGAGGUGAUACCUGCUUUCGAGGAGGCUGUCUCUGGGAUGGCUCUCGGUGGUGUCAGAAGGAUAAUUGUACCGCCAGAACUAGGAUACCCGGAUAAUGACUACAACAAGAGUGGCCCGAGGCCGAUGACUUUCUCUGGACAACGUGCAUUAGAUUUUGUGCUGAGGAACCAAGGGCUCAUAGACAAGACACUUCUCUUUGAUGUUGAACUCCUCAAAAUUGUACCGAACUGAUAUUAACAGCAACUGUCUCCUACACUCACGUACAUAGAUAUAUAUAUAUAUAUAUAUUUAUGAUGUGUAUACUUUUAGCGGCACAGUUGUGUAAAUUGAGCUCUGUUUAUAUCAUAUAAUGUUGGAUGCCAGCUUCAAGGAUCUGUACUGAAGUGUCCUUAUACUAAAUUCAAUUAAAUA